AAACUCCAUGAAGGAUGAGAGAGUUUCCUUAAGCUGUGUUUCACUUGUCAGACCUGUGCAGCUUCAGUCUGGAUCCUGCAGGAUAUCUACACGCUCACCUUCCAAGCAGCAAAGUCAUAUUUGGCUUCAAGAGGUUUAUAUGGCCACUGGUGGAGGAAGACAUUAGAUAUGUACUACAAGUAAAAGUCCUGCACUCACACACUUAAGUAAAAGUACAAAAAUAUUAACAUCAAAUAUAUUUAUGUAGAAUGUCCCAUUUAUUUUUUGUAUAAUUACAGGUGGAGCUAUUGUUGGAGUCUUAACCUGUGAUAAUACAUAAUAAUUUAUUAGUUGAUUUCUAUUAUGAGUUAAAAAUCUGUAAAGUAACUAAAGCUGUCAAAUAUAUUAAAUGGAAUAUUUGCACAAUAAUUUACCUUAACGUUGUACUUAAGUAAAGUACUUGAGUAAGUAUACUUAGUUACAUAUGGCUAUCAUUUUUCGUGUGUUAAGAGCCACCCUCACGGUGACUCUUGCUGUGGCUGGAUUCAUAGUUCUGUUAUCAAUGUACUAUAAGUCACCUCCAUCUCCAAAAUGUCACCCACGCCCGGCUCAGUCAGGGUGGCUGACAAACCAGGCUAAUUUUUACGGCAUGUCAGUGGUUACGGAGCAGCCCAACAGCCCUGCUGUGACAGAAAACACAGACAAGCCCAUACUGCUGCUGUGGUUCUGGCCUGAGAAUAAAAGCUUUGAUUUUAAAGACUGUAAGACGCUCUUCAAAAUCAACAGCUGCCACCUCACAGAUGAUAGAUCUCUGUACUCCAGAGCUCAUGGAGUUUUGGUAUUCCACAGGGCUAUCAAGGAUGACCUCUCUAACCUUCCCCCGUCACCUAGAGCCAGAUUUCAGAAGUGGAUCUGGUUUAACAUGGACCCACCUGCCAGCACGCGCAGGAUAGCAGGCAUUCAAGGCCUUUUUAAUUUAACCAUGAGCUACAGGAGGGAUGCAGAUAUCCACGUUCGCUGGCGACUGACUCUCAAGAAGAACACGGAUGAUUUUGUGCUACCGAAGAAGGAGCGCUUGCUUUGUUGGAUUGUGGAUGGUGACGACCUCCACAUAAAAUCAGCGGAGGGAUACAGUUACUUCAGAGAGCUUAUAAAACACAUCGAGGUAUAUGUCUAUGACAGAUCCUCUGCUGAGUUCUCGCAGGGUGAGAACUACUUCCUGACUAUCAGCAGCUGCAAAUUCUACCUUUCCUUUGAGGAGUCAACUCACAGAGAUUACAUCACUGAGACGUUCAACGGACCUCUUGCAGCAGGCACUGUGCCGAUAGUUUUGGGCCCGCCAAGAAGGAACUAUGAGGAUUUCGCUCCAGGUACUUCCUUCAUACAUGUAAAUGACUUUCGUGAUGCUGCAACACUGGCUGAGUUCCUUCUGACACUGGAUAAAGAUAAUGAGGCUUAUAUGAGAUACUUUAAUUGGCGGCGAUUCUAUACUGCCAGACCCCAUCCUGUUGAGGAGAAUCACGAGUUUGCACACGCUAUCUGCCAGGCCUGUCAUCAUGUGGGCUUGAACGGUGCGUACAGAGUUGUACCUGAUCUGUACAAGUGGCUCUUACUGUGAUGCUGGUAUUGAUCACCUGUUCCUCUGAAGUGGUUAAAAUAUAAAUUGGCAUCUCGCCAUACAGAGAAAUACUCUGUAUGUACCAAACAGUUAAGAGUAAUCUGAUGGCCCACCCACGGGCCCUCGUAAGGUUUCAUUUCAUGUUUAUGAUGUGUAAACAACGGCAUUAUUUGGUGUGUUUAAAGGGUGUACUCAUACGAUCUAUCUAUCAGAAGCUGUUUCACUGAUGCAAACCAUUUCAAGAUACAACCACAACAGCAGGCUCAAAAAAACACUUCUGUCGGACAAAAAACAAACAAAUAAAAAGUUAUAACUCACCUGUGAAGUGUUAUUAUAAUCCACAGAUGGAUUACAUGCCAACAUAUAUACAGUCCUGCUACACUCCCAAAGAGCCAGAUGAUCAAAAUCCAGCUAAAUAUUUAGUCAGCACACAUUUUUACAUCCAUAGAUAUUUCCAUAAUAUCCUGCAUUUGCAUGUAAACAUACAGACUCCUCACUGGAGCCAAUGGAAGCUUUUAUACUGACAGUCCAGGCUUCAAUAGCCAACUGUGUUGAAGGUAGUGCCUUCCUACUUUGUUUGGCCUCAGAGCCAAUCAAUAGCAUCCCAUUGGCCCAAUGGCUUAUGGGUCUUGUAGUCAAUGAUGCUCAUCACCUUCAGAGGAGUUUUUAACUGUUUCUUGUCAACACAGUCUGUUGUAAAUGUACCUAAAUGAUAAACAAAUGGCUCCUAUGUUGUCUUAAGGGGGGAAAAACCGUCUUUCUCAUCAAUUUAGCAUUUCUGGAAGUUUUUUAUAUGCAGUAAGCUCCUAAAUAGACAUGUCUGCCUUUGCUGACUUAUUGUUUUACUCUACUUUGUUAAAAGCACCUGUACAACACCUCAGAAAACACAUGUAAGCUGUUUAUUUUCUAUGAUAUUGUUAUUAUCUUUGUUGAAUUCUGACUGUGGGGCUUCAUGAUAGGGCUCCAUUGUGUUUUCCAGCUAAUACCUCCCAGUUGUAGUCAUCUGCAGCAUUUUUUUUAAAGAAAAUAUUGAAGCGAAAAUGAAUACAUUUUUUUUAUUUCAGUGUGUUGAAAAUAUAACUCAAUGACAGAAGUACUGGCAGUGAUUCUGACUGUUGGGGGACAAAAUUGAGUGUUUCCUUUCAAAUGUGACCAUGAAUGUACAUGUAUUAAAAAUGGAACAACAGCCUUCAGUUUACUUUGGGUUUACUUUGUGCAUCCAACACUGAAAUCCUGUCAUGUUGCCUACAGAUUCUGCAUGUACAGAUCAUCUGUUUGGGAAGAUUAUGCUAUGUAUAAUAUCAUUCUUGAUGAUUUAAUACAUCUAUGUUUUAAAGCUGUUGUCAUUUAAGUUUUCUUUACUUUUUGACUUGAUGUAAAAGAUGUUAUUAUUGAAACACUAAAACUUUAGAGCUGUAUUGGACACUGAACUGCAAUCAGAUGCUCAAACGAGUGUCAUUACGUGUCCGCUAUGAACAUUAAAGGAUCAGUGCACUCACAUUAGCAAACAAUAAAAACAUUUUCAUACUUACCUCUGGGGAUUUUUUUUUUUGACAUGCUCAUUGUUAUGGUUUUAUUUGCCCUGGGUGUGUUUGGUGUAUUACCCACCUGUUCUCAUCCCAACUUGUCAAAUACCAUAGCUUUGUCAGUGGACCUAAACAUCAAAAUAUGACACGCCAGCUACCCUCCUGCAUCAGUUUUGGACAGUCUGGGAUGGUGUGUCAAUUUAAGCUUGUUAAAUGCAUGGUGUCUUUUCAAAAUACACUUCCGUUUUCACAGGAAAUGUAAAUUUUCUGCUUGUUACGUGCAUACAGUCACCACUACUUUCUCAUUAAAAUAACAUGGGAUAUAAACUGAUUGGGUGAGAGUCCGAAGUUUGACCCAUCAACCAUCACCUGAUAGGGACUUUCUCGUUCUUUGUAGUAUGGUAGUUGCCGGCGGUGUUAUAUACUUCUGCAUUUCAUAACGCCAUAAAAGUUGCCUUUGUGCACCAGUACCUGAAGUUGACAUCACUGAUAGAGCGCCAGUAUUUGUGUGAGUUGGGAAUGAGAAUGGGCUGGGAUUAUCAAGUUGAUGGGGCACUGUUUUGUAAUUUUUAAAGGCCAUUUUCAAUGAUGUAAGAACUACAAUUGAAACUACAAAUAAAAACAUCCUGAGUUUAAAUAGGAUUUGGUUUUAAAUCCUGUCUUAAUGCCCUUGAAUGUGUCUUGUAAAGAAGUGCAUUGUUGUUGUUUAUGAAGGUGUGAUACAAAUAAACCUGUAUUGCCACCUGUCAUCUGUGAU